AACUCGCCAGCCGCCGCCGAACUAGAUCUGCUCCUGCCCAAACAACCUCACCGCGACGUCAUCGCCUCGCCAGUCGCCUCUGUAGUCUGUACCACCCGGAAAUCGAUCCUCACCGAAAUCGAACCUCACCGCUCGCCAGCCGCCGCCGAACUCGAUCUGCUCCUGCCCAAACAACCUCACCGCGACGUCAUCGCCUCACCGCCCAGCUCACCGCUCCUGUCUCCAGCAUCUCUAGCCAUCCCCCAACUCUCUCGCUGCCGGGCCAACUCACCGCGCCCAUCGCCUCCUCCAGCCUCCAGUUCAGCUCGCGUCUCCAGUCUCUUUAGCUACCGGAAAUCGAGCAUACCUCCUCAAAACUUCGAUCCAGGGAGCUGCAACUCACCUAUAUGUGGCUCUGCAUCCGCAAGUGAAAGGGGUGUCAGGGGAAUUCUUCAAGGACAGCAACUUAUCCAAACCGGGAAAUCGAGCAUCAACUCGGAGCCCGUGUUGUGUUCAAAAAGAAUAGAUUGGGCUUGGAGAUUUUGUUUCCCCUUCCUUCGCCCCUUGGUCGUUUAGUUGGUGGGUGCUCAAGUUCGGUCAAGUUAGGAGCAGAGGAAUCGAUUCUGAGGAAAGGGAUACUCGCGUUCACGGCGAUUGCACCAGCCCUAGCUCCGAGUAAAAAGCAUACAGUGCUGGUCCUAGAGUUUACAGGCGAGAGACACCACCAGUCUACCUCUUGAAAACAACAACAGCAACACUCGAGCGCAACUGCUCCACCAGUCCACCAGUCUUUCUUCCACCACUCGAAUACAAUUAAGUGAUUGACAGUAAGUUCUAUGCGUCGAAGAAGAAGUAUUCCCCAUGGGAAGUCAUCGACAGUCUCAAAUAAUGAGUCAAUUCGACCAUUAAAAAUUGAAUGGUAUAAGAGAGCUGUUUUUUUACCACCAGAAGGUGUAGUGGAUUCUAAUCAGUCUCUAUCUGAAGCACAAAAUAAAAUUUCUGAUGAAAUUCUUGCACAUAAGUCAGAGUUGAAGAGAAUUAAUCAUCCUUUGGCCAAAUUAGCAAGAAGGAAACGUGCUAUUUAUAUAAGGCAGAAGCGUAUAUAUGGCAGAAUGGUGAACAUUCCUACCGAAAAAUGAUGAAGAAACUCCCCAAAUGCAAGAGAAGGAGGCGUCAACAUUUAAUGGAUCAAAAUGCGACACCAAUGGCGAGAAUGCAACUACUAUGGAUGGACGUACUGAUGUUGUCGAUGGAGCAGGAAGUGAAAAAAACCAGAAAAAACGGAAACAUGGAGUUGUCUACGACGAUGAGGAGUAAAUAGAAGAAUUCUUUUAAAACAAAUUUAGGAGUCGGUUACCUUUCAUG